GCUUUAUUUUACUUUUUUUUUUUUUGGUGCUAAUUUACUGGCAUAUAAGUAUUGAUUUAGGAGCAACUUUUAUUGGCUUAAAAAAUGGAAGAACAUUGGAAUGUGUACAUAGAAACAAUAAAAAGAAAACCUUUGACCUCAGAAAUCUGAAAUCUAGGCUUUAUUCUUGCAAAGAAUAAUCCAAUUUAUUUUUAUCUUUCUCUCUCUAUUUUCUCCCACAAUUUCAGGUGACAAGCAGCAACUCUUUAAAAUAUUUGUUAAGGUCUUGGUCACGAAGGGCAUCAACUCAUUCAGGGUUUCCUGAAGAGAGAGGGUGCCCAAUUGCACUUUCUGUAGUUCCUAUUGUGGCAAGUUUUGCAUCCAUUACCGCACAAUCACAAGACUUAGAGGAUUUCCAAUGACAUCCGUAAAUGGUUUUUAAGUCACGGACAUUUGAUUGAAGAUAGCAUCAUGGGUGCAGUUUGUUGCUGCUUGCGAGAUGAAUGCGAAGAUUUUGCCAAUCCAAACAGCUCAAUAUAUAGGAACUGCAUAUGCCUUCGAUCUCUUGUUCAAAACUUCUUGCACGUGUAUGCAUCUUUGUUUCGUAGAGGUGAACAACAUGCCAUUCCUUCAUCCCCUCGAGGUACAGCAUCUUUGAGUUCUACAGCAUCCCUUGAUAACUCACUAUCUGAUAUGUACCGCUCUCCUCCGAGACCACUUCCUUAUGAUGCCGAUCCCAGAUGCUUCCGCUUGCAACGAGAUGGGCUCAUCUCAAGAAGGGAGAAAGGCUCAAGUCACUCGCAUGAGGAAACUGAACCACUACAAAGAAGUGAUAUUGAUGAUGAUUCUGAAUCUUUGGGUGCGGUUAAUAAAUGGAAGGAGUCUAUCUGUGAAGAAGGAUCAAAAGAAUACAAUUCCAAGUCAUUGAAACUCUCAACAGCUAAAACAACUACUGAAUUUACUCAAAUUUGUUAUUCUUCAGAAGAUGAAGAUGUCUGCCCUACAUGUCUUGAAGAAUAUACAGAAGAAAACCCAAAAAUAGUGACAAAAUGCUCUCACCACUUCCACUUGGGUUGCAUAUAUGAGUGGAUGGAGAGAAGUGACAACUGUCCAGUAUGUGGCAAGGUGAUGAUAUUCAAUGAGUCGCCAUGAUCUUUGCUCUUAAAAAGGUUCAGUCGUGGAUGAAACCAUCAGGAGAUAAGGGCAGUAAACUAAUAAACCAGAAAAGCUAAUCAAUGUAUAGGUCGUUGUGAAUAUCUUUCCAGAUAAAUGUGUUACCAUACAUCAGUAAAAAUGAAAUUAUUGUUCAAUGUAAUUCUGUUUUGAACUUUCGAGUUCAUAUUGAUCAUUCAUGCAACAGAAAGCAGUUUCAAAGCACUUUAUGUUAAACUUGUUUUGGUUUGAUUAAUGGUUUCUCCUCUUGUAUAGCACAUUGUUCCUAUUUUGAGAAUUUGAAUGUUUUCGACCA